CACCAUCAUAUCUAUAAUCUUCUAGUAUACCAUCAAACCUCAUCACUUCAAGUCAUAUAACUCAUAUACUCAAACUUCAAAGCCAUUUACGAUUUAAUUUACUUGACUAGCUUAAAUGUGAAAUCAGUUUAAAUUCAAAUCAAUCCAGUCCAACUCUUAAUCAACUCAAUUCUCUUCAUCAUUCGAUUCACACUUUAUGAAAUCUAAAAUCUAAUAAUCACCAUCACUAAAUGUUAGUGAUUCAAUCCUAUCCUAAAACCCAAUCAUCACUAAACCAAUCUUUUGUUUACUUUCUCAGAACAUUUAUUCGAAUUUCAACUUUAUCACCAUUAACUUAACCCACAGACAGUCUUAUCCAAACCCAAACCAUCAUUCAUCAAAUGAAUCCAAGUCAACUAUUCUCAGAAGUAGCAAGACAAAACAAAUUAUUAAAAGAAACCAUUGAUUCGUUUCAAUUCACAUUAUCAGACACAGAAGAACCAGAGAGUCCCUUGAACGCAACAGAUCGAGAAGAAGAAGAUCUAAUCUCGAACCUAUCCUACAUCCCAAGCUCCUCACCAACCCUAAGUAGUAGUAGUAGUAGUAGUAGUACACUCAGUAGUACUUCUUCAACUUUGACUACCCAUUCCAUUCAACAAAUCAGGAUCGAAACCUUGAUUGAUUUACUAAACAAACAAGAAUCUCGACUCGAUUUACUAGAAGGAUUCGGAAAUGAAGUGUUGUUGAAUACGGCUUUACCUAUUUAUAGAGGAUCGAAUCAUCCAAACGAAAUCUCGAUUCAAGAAUGGUGUAGGAUAAUUUCCAAUCGAUUAAACUCACUAAAACCUAUCAAUAAGUUCAAUAACACUUUCAACUCGAAAUCAGUACUGAUCCUAAUCUAUAAUCAUUUAGAUUUAAAACCUUUAAAGUUAUUAAUCAAUUUAUUAGAAAGGAAUAAAACAUUAAUCGAAUCUAAGUUUCCUGAACAAAUCCCGCCCAAGUUUCGGAUUCCUUCUUCUACCGCUUCUUCUGGGUUUCAAGAAGAUCUCAAGUUUGAAUGGUUGGAUUUGUUGGAUUAUCCUCUUAGGUUACAUGUGCUUAGACAUCCUAGAGCUUUGUUGAAUUUACUUCAGUCUAAGUUUACGGAAAUGGAUCAAAGACCUAGGUCUUUAAAAGAUUUAAAUCGGAUCGAAAUCAAACCUGGUGAUUCGUUAUUAUUAAGAUAAAUCUCUCUCUCUUCCUCUCUUUCGAAAAAUUCAUGUUUUGUUUAUUGUGUUUUUUUGGUGCGUUAUGAAGCAAAGCAAAAAAAAGUUAAUGUUGGUGGGGUGGGUUUGAUAUCUUUGUAUAACUAUUACUUUUUCUUCUCUUUUGACAAUUCAUUUCAAACUACCAAACUUUUUUUCAUACAUAUCUUUUUUUGUCAUACAUAUCUUUCUUUUUUUAUAUACAUCUUUCUUUUUUUUCUAUCCUUUGAAUCGUUUUCUAUCCAUCUUCAUUCCAAGAACAUUCGUUUUUUCUUUUCCUUUCACUUUUGUUUUCGAUUACUUUUUUUCAUUCUUUUAUUAUCUUAAUUAACUUUGUUAUAAUAUACGUAUAUAUAUAUCAAGAUUUAUGUUGUAAGAAAAAAAAAAUUGAAAGUUUUGAAAAGUUUUGAAAAGAAUAAAAAUUCAAGAAAAUUUGAUUCAUA